AUGCGAUUUCUGCUCGUUCUCUAUCAUUUUGUGCAUUUUGCAAGUGCAAUAUUCUCGGACGCCUACGUGGAUAUGAGGUUUCUGUUGAGAUCCGAGGUGAGCCAACUUAUGUACAAACAAUUGUUUUCUGUUUCAACUAUCAUUUAAAAAUCAAAAAAAAAAAAUGGUUUCAUUCCAGAAAGACUGCAUAUUCUUUCAAGUCCAUCAACCACACUCUCAAAUGGAUAUUUCGGUGUCGGUAAGCGACGUUUCCCCCGUUUUGCCCAAGUUUUUGGCAUUUUUAGACUCUGAACACCGAAUAUCCGUUGUCCGUGGAACUUUUCAGUCCGUCCGGCUCACUGGCUCAUCAAACACCCGCUUCUGGACGAAAUUAUUUCAAAUUCCCGGCAUCGUCUGGAGAAUUUCAUGAAAUUGGAGAUUUCCAACUUUGUGUGACCAGUAGACACAUUCGACAGCCUGUACAGGUACUUUUUGAGGAGUUUUUUCAAUGAACGGUGCUGUUUAGGUGUCUCUAAUCGUCGUGAUUUACGAGAAAAACGCGAAUAACAUUGAUGUGGCCAGCAAUUUGAAACGGAUAAAACAAGGAUUUGAUGAAACGCGAAUGACAUUGCAGAAUUUCGAACGAAUCACCCUAAACAUUGAUGAAAAGUUGAAAACAAUGAAGACAGAGCAGGCAAAACGAGCGUUCGUGGAGAAAAUAGUAAGCAAAAGGGUUUUGAUCUCGGGCGGGCUCGAACCGCCGGCCUUCUGUGUGUUAGACAGAUGUGAUAACCACUACACCACGAGAUCGCCGGCGGAACAGCGCCUCUCGGGGCAUUUAUAUGCACGGUGUGUACGCGUGUUUGCAGGACCGCAGCCACAUUGAGACGGCGUUCGAGAUGAUCAACUUUUGGCAUAUUUUGAAGUUUUCGCUCAGACUUGCCAGAUUUCGGGCCGGCCAUGCGGGCCGACCCGGGCCGGCCCGGGCCGGGCCGGGCCGGGCCGGUAAAGUGCCGGCCCGGGCCGGGCCGGGUCGGUGAAGUGCCGGCCCGGCCCGGCCCGGUCGGCCCGGUUCAAAAGGCGGGAAUUCAAAAUUUGAAUUAUUGAUCGCAUGAAGCCAUUUUUUGUAGAAUUAGGGGUUUUUUUGCAAGCAUCGAACAUUGAAAAAUAAAUGUUUUUUUGCUAUUAUGAAUUUUUUAUGAGAAAUACAUUUAUUUUUCAAUGUUCGAUGCUUGCAAAAACCCCUAAUUCUACAAAAAAAAUGGCUUCAUGCGAUCAAUAAUUCAAAUUUUUGAAUUCCCGCUUUUUGAACUGGGCCGACCGGGCCGGGCCGGGUCGGGCCGGGCCGGGCCGGGCCGACGGGCCGGGCCGGGCCGGAGUUUUGGAAAUUUCGGCCCGGCCCGGCCCGGCCCGGCCCGGCCCGUGGCAACUAUGUUUUCGCUGGUUCUCUUCACCGCGUUUUUUCAGGUUCGUUCAAGUUAGACCAAUAGAUCUUAAUGAAAAGCGUGUUUCAGGUUCACGCGAUAA